AGAACAACAGUCGUUAGUUCUUAAGGCCUUAAUCUCUUUUGUUGGAAGAUUCAAAACCUUAAAAGCUUUUAAGGUUGCCCUUGCUGUUUUUUUGCAUCCCCUGUUUUUGCACUGGGGAUAAUGAGGGCAUGGUGUUCAUGAUUAACUAAGGAAAUCCAGAAUGGAGUGUUUUGCAGACUUCAGCAGCUAGAAGUCAUUAUCAAGGAAGAAGAGAAGACGUUUUUCUGAGUAAUAAUAUAUUUUCUAAUUAAAAAAGGUGUAUUCAUCUGUCUUGAAGUCUGAUAUUUGCAAAGAUGUCCUCAGAAGGCCUUGACCCAUCUAAAACUGCUGCACUUGUCACAUGGGUAAACAGCUUCAAGGUUGCAGAUCCUGUUGAGAAGCUCACACAGCUCCAGGAUGGAGUGGUACUUGUUAAAAUAUUCAAUAAAAUAACGUCAAAUGAUAAUGAAGGACAGCAAGUUCUGGAGAAGCCACCUGAGGACAGGCUUCGAUAUCUUUGCAGCAGUUUAGAAGUUCAGUGCCGUUACAACCCAGCAUCUGGUAGUCUGAUUUCAUGGCAGAAUAUAUUGCGUCAGGAAAAUCUUGAAAGAGAACUUGCAAAGGUGACUGUUCUUCUGUUUUACUGUUCCACACUUAAAAACCAUUCAGUGGAUUGUGAGGCUUUAGACUAUAACACACAGGUAAGAUUUGGCAGUCCUUCAUUCAUUUUAGAUGCGUUAUACAAAGUUAAUUCUUUAACAUGCAAUCACGCAAAACCAGAUGCACACAAAACAAUCAUGAACAGGUUGAUGUGUAUUUUUGCACUAAGUCUAGAAAUACGACCUGCUCAUGUAACGCAAGUCAAAACUGGAUCUAACAACGGGAACUGUAGUCAAGCUGUGAAGCUCAGUCAGUCCAGUUCAAGUUUUGAAGAAUAUUCUCCAGUCUCAAAACCAAAAACUGAAGUUGUACGAUUCCUUGACCUGCAAAAAGUUGCUUCCACAUCGAGCAUGAAUAAGUAUGUCUGCUACCUGCAGAUAUCUGCAAUGCAGCAGCGGAUUUCUCGACUUGUCUCCUUAAACGAGAAACAAUCAGAGGAAGGAGAACCAAAAGAACUUGGGGAGCUGAGAGAGAAAAACGAAAGCCUUAUGUCUAGAUUGCAAGAUGCAUUAAAAUUAUGUCAAGACCUGAAGACUGAUAACAGGCAGAAAGAUCGGAAGAUUGACCAGUUAACUCAGGAAUCUGGAGACCUGUCGUGGAAGGUUCGUGGAUUUGCGACCCAGGUGAACCAAUCUGAGAAGACUUUGAAAGAGUUAAGUGAGGAGUACGAGGCAGCUGUUGAUUUAUGGAAUAAGCAGCGGCAAGAACUUGAAGAUGACUUGAAUGCAACCCUUGAUGAAAGGAAAGCAGCUGAGGAGGAAGUUUUGAUUCUGCAAGGAAAAAUUGCAGUUCUUGAAGAUCAGCUGAAAAAUGCACAGGAAGGUGGCAGUAAAGGAGAGGUCAUGGGCGAUGUUCUUCAGCUGGAUUCACUGAAGCAGCAAGUCAUGGAUCUUUCUGUCAAAGUUUCUAAUCUUGAAGAAAAAAUAAAGCUGCUUGAGGAGGAAAAAUCUCUCUGUGAGACUAAGCUGAAAUCUGAAACGGAUCAGUUUGAAGAAGAUAGAAGACAGCUCAACAGUAUCAUUGAAAACCUCCAGCAGUCACUGUCUGAAUUUAAAAUACAUAAAGAUACAUUGGAGCAAAUGGCCAGAGAUCAAGAGGAGCGUCUUACAGCUCAAAUAGACACACUUAAUGUUGAGAUUUCCAAGCUGAAUGCAUCUAUUGUUGAGAAAGAUGAAGAGAUGUUAAAUCUUCAAAAACAAGUUGAAGAAGAAAAAAAGCAAAAGGGACUGUUAGCCGAGGACCUUUCUAAACAGGAACAGUCUACUAGAGAGAGUAUUCAGGUCUUGAAAGUUCAAGUGGAUGAUCUUGCUAACAAGUUAAAGGAGAAAGAAAACUCAAUAAUGCAGCUUACUAAAGAGUGGGAGACGGAGAAGGCAAGCAGUGCUUCACAAAUAUCUACUAUGCAGGAAGCAUGUAAAAAGUCUGCCCAAGAAAAAGAAGCUAUUGCUCAUUGCUAUGAAGAAUUUAAAAAGGAAAAGGAAAGUGAAUUAAAGGCAAUACUUCAGCAGCUUACUGACUUGAAAGAAGCUGGAGGAGGUAACCAAGCUGUUUCAGCUUUACAGGACGAGAAAAAUGAGUUGCUACAGAAGGUCCAGAUUCUUGACAACAGUGUUCUUGAUCUCACAACCAAAUGCCAGAACUUACAAGCUGAAAGUGAGUCCCAUAACAAAAUCCACUUGGAAGCAGUGGAAUUGUUAAAAACACAGCUCAAAGAGGCUGAGAAUAAAGUUAAGGACUAUGAGCAGACAUUAGCUCAGCGCAGUGAACUGGCCAAAGAAAACAUGGCCCUUAAACAAAAGCAAGAUCAUUUGGCCCAGCUUUUAAAACAGACGGAAUCUGAAAUUAAGAAUGAAACGAAGCAAGUUGUAUUUUUCCGUGAAGCACAUGAAAAAGCUAUACAGGAAAAGGAAUCUGCUGUAUUGCAGUGUGAAGAACUGAAGAGGAGUAAGGAAAAUGAGUUAAAUGCUCUCAGUCGGCGCAUGCACGAUUUGGAAGAGAAAUGCAAGAAAAGUGAAAGCAUUGUUGGUGUGCUGCAGGAUGAGAAAAAAGUGUUAUCCUGCAAAGUGAAUGAACAGGAUGCUGCUGUUCAUAAUUUGACUACCAAGUAUAAAAAUCUGGAGACUGAGCAUAAGACACUGGUCAAAAGUCAUGAGGAAUCAUUGGCAUUAGUGAAAGCAAAUUUACAGGAAGCAAACAAGAAGUUGAAGGAAUAUGAGCAAACCAUUGCUUUACAUGCUGAAUUAGUAAAAGAAAAUCAGGGGUUGAAACAGAAAGAAGAAACAUUGGCCCAACUGUUAAAGCAGAGAGAGGCUGAGCGAGAGGAUGAAAUUAAGAAAAGUGCCGCAUUACAAGAAGCUCACAAGAAAGCCAGUCUGGAAAAGGAAGCUUCCAUUAAGCAGUUUGAAAAGUUUAAGAAAGAUAAAGAAAUGGAGAUGAAGAAGUUAACCGAACAGAUUCAAGCCUUUGAAAAGGCACAGAGUUCAAAUAAGACUGCUGUCACAGACCUGCAAAAAGAAAAGAAUGAUUUGCAGUUAAAGAUUCAGGAGCUAGAAACUGCAGGCCAUAAAAUGAAGUCUGAUUAUCAAGCUUUGCAGGCAAAAAUGGACAAUGAGUUGAAGACGCACGUAAAAGAAAUUGACUUACUAAAAAAGAAUCUCCAGGAGGCAGAGAAAAAAGUGAAAAAAUAUGAGGAAAGUAUAUCAUCGCAUGCUGAUUUGAUUAAAGAAAAUGAUUCCCUCAAACAGAAGGAGGAGAGACUCAGUAAACUCCUGAAGCAGAAAGAGACUGAGAAAGAAGAUGAAGUUAAAAGGGCAUCACUUCUGCAAGAAGCUUGUAGUAAAGCCACGCAGGAGAAAGAGACUGCUGUUGCUCAGUAUUCAGCCCUCCAGAGAGAAAAGGAAAAAGAAGUAAAAGGAUUAUAUGAUAAAAUUCGGUCACUCCAAGAUGCUAAGGGAAAUAAUCAGGCUGUUGUGACGUCUCUUCAAGAGGAAACAAAAGAACUGCAGCAGAAGAUUCAAGAACUGGAGACCACAAUACAAGGUGUAAAUUCAAAGUACCAGAGCUUGCAAAAUGAAAAUAAUGCACAGACUAAGGCCCAUAUGUGCACUGUUGAUUCACUAAAGGCAAGUUUGCAAGAAAUGGAGAAUAGAGUAACAGAAUAUGAACAGAAGUUAUCAUCUUACUCUGACCUGGUUAAGGAAAAUGAUGCUCUUAAGCAGAAGAAAGAUGAACUGACCAAACUUAUGAAGCAGAAAGAUGCUGAAAACGAGGACAAACUUAAGCAGAUUUCUCAUCUACAGGAGGCUUGUGAAAAGGCCACAAAGGAGAAAGUUUGUAGUGUUAAGCAGUCUGAAGAAUUCAAGCAAACAAAGGAAAAUGAGUUACAGGCAUUAAGCAAACAAAUCAAAAUGAUGAAGGCUGAGCAAGAUACCAACAGUUCUGCUUUCACUACCAUGCAGAAGGAGAAGAAUGAGCUGUUGCAGAAGCUCAAGGAACUGGACAACACUGUUUUAGAGUUGAAUUCCAAGUAUCAGAGUUUGCAAACUGAAAAUGAGUCUCAGAAUAAAUCCCACUUGAAAGCAGUUGAGAUGGUGAAAUUGAAACUACAGGAAGAGGAAAGUAAAAAUAAAGCCAUUUUAGAAGAAAAUGUCAGAUUUAAAGAGCAACUUACAUCUAUGGAAGCAGACAUUGGAAAACUUCGUGAAAGUAUGGAAACAGAGAAAAAAAAAUUCUCAGAAGACAGGGUCACAGAUACCAAAAAGAUUUCUCAAAUGGAAGAUGAACUUAAAAAAGCAGGUAAACUUAAAGACCAGGCACUUAAAGAGCUUGAAGAGGAGAGAGGCAAACGAAGUGCCCUAGAGAUUUCUGUGAAGAAUGCAGAAAAAGACUUUUCCACUAAAAUUGAAAAAAUGCAGGAGUCUUCUUCUAGUGCAUCCUCCAAGCUUAAAGAAAAAGAAGCAGAACUGAAAAAUCUGAAGGCAGAAGUAAGUUCCUUAAGAAAGCAAUGUGACGCUUCACGUCUAAGUGAGACGCAGAGCAAUACAGAUUUGCAAGAUCAACUAGCAAAGCUUAGAGAGAGUUAUCAGCAAGCAAAUGAUCAGCUGCAGGCUGAAAAGGGAAAAGCUGUAGAGCUAGAAACUCGUUUAAAAGCGUUGACUGAUGAACAUCAGAAACAAAUCACCACUCUGCAGACGGAGCUUGCUAACACCAUAACAAUGUUGAAAGAGAGCGAGUCUGAGAAGCAGAGAGUAGUUUCUGAAUUGGGCUGUCUUCAGAAAAAUUUGGGAACUGCAUCUCAGAAGGAAACACAAAAAGCGUCUGUUGUAGAAGGUGAUGCCAAGAAGUCUGAAAAACAACUUGAAAGCCUCUCCAAGGAGCUGUCAGUGGAACGAGCUGCCAAAGUGGAGCUUGAAACUAAAUUAAGGCAAGCUGUUGAAAGUCAGGAACAUUUGGCCUCAAUUCAGUCAGAGCUGUGUAAUGCAACAGCUACACUUAAAGCAAAGGAAGUUGAAGUAGAAAAGUUAAACAGUGAAAUAAAAUCUCUUCAAGCCAGGCUCGAAGAAACUCAUGGUAAGCAAAAAGAGGAAGUGGAGUCAAGGCGGUCUUCCCUUAAAUCUGAUCAUGAGAAGCAGUUGGCUGCCAGUCAGAAGGAAGCACAAGAAGCUAAGAGGAAAUUGGAGACUUUGACUAACAAAUAUGAGGACGCAAAGCAAAAGACGUUGGAUGACAGGCAGAAGUUCCAAGAGGAGAAACAAAAGUUGCUCUCUCAGGUAGAGAAGCUUGAAAAAUCACUGACUGCAGAAACCAAAAAGGGAGAGAAACUUGAAAAGUCCAUGGCAGCAGAAGCUAAAAAGGUUGAGGAGUUAAAUAAAAAACUUGGACAGCAGGAGACAACAUCGAAGACACAUCAGCAGAAAGUGAAGGUAUUGAGGCAUAAUCUGUCCAGAGGGGAGCAACAUGCACUUAAGGAACUCCAGGGAAACACUGAGAUUACCAUCAUACCGGCUGAUAAGGGUGGAGCAAUAGUAGUCACGGAUUCCAGUUAUUACUGGACUGAGGGAAAUAGGCAUCUCACUAACCCUCAGCACUAUAUGAACAUGCCUAUUGACCCCACCCCUAAUUUUAAGAAAGCAAUUGAUGAAUUUUUGGAAAAAGUGGUGGAUGAAGUUAUUCCACAAACUAUUGGUAUGGAAUGGUUCGAGGAAGUUUUAACAGAAAUGAAAUUUCUUACACCUAUUCAGUACAGAAUUGUCCUGGAAUGUAUGGAAUUGGUAUUGAAAUAUAAUUUCGUAUAUUUCGAAGGUGAUUAUUAUCACCAAAAAGAGGGAGUUGCGAUGGGCUCUGCCUGCGCCCCGGUAUAUGCUAAUAUAAUAAUGUUUCACUGGGAAAAACAAUAUGUCUUCAAAUCUGUGUACAACAAAUAUAUUGUUAAGUACUUUAGGUUUUUGGAUGAUAUCUUUGUUCUAUGGAAUGGAAAUAAGGAAAAUAUUAUGGAAUUUUUAGAGUAUAUUAAUCAGACUACUUCCUUUUUGAGAUUUGUACAUCAAGUAGAAAAGGAUGAAAUACACUUCCUUGAUAUUAAGUUGAGCAAAGAUAAAGUGAGGAAAUGCUAUAUAUCUAAUGUAUUUAGGAAGGAACAUUUUUCAAAUGCUUAUCUCCAUUUUUGUAGUGACCACCCAUAUCAAUUAAAGAAAAAUGUUGUCAAGGGACAAAUGAUUAGGAUGGCGAGAAUGAUAUCAGAGGAAGACGAUUUUUUGAAAGAAAUGGAAAAUGUUGAGGCAAUGUUUAUUGAAAGAGGAUACCCAAGGGUACUUAUAACACCAAUAAAACAAUAUGUAAUACAGGAGAGGCAAUCUAGAUACAAACCACUGCUACAUAAGAUUAAUAAUACUACAGAUGAUAAUGGGUUAAAUAAUAAUAAUAAUACCAAGAUUAAUAAUAAGGAGUUAUGUGAUGGUAUUGAUAACAACUUCUCACCAUAUCUCACUAUUACCUAUUAUAAGGACAUUGGAUGGUUGAAGAAGAGUAUUUAUGAAGUAUGGAACAUGUUCAAAAACAUGGCAGUUAAAACUGAUGUUUUCAAAAGUGAACUUAAACUCAGUUUUAGAAGAAAUAAGAACAUCAAAAACACUCUGGAGAAAAAGAAAAUAGAGAAGGAAGGGACUAGUAAAAAGCAUGGGACUUUCAAAUGUGGCAGAUGUGCCCAAUGCCCAUAUAUUGCAGAAACAAAGGAACUAAGAAUACCUAAUUUAUCCCUGACUUUAAGGGCCGUGGUUUUACUUAAGAACAAUUUUGGAUACAUUAUGGAUCUCAAAAAGUUACUUUUGGAUCUAUCAUCGGAUAAAGAUGAUAUUGCAGCAUUUGGCAUUGGUGAUGACACCACUGUUUCAGGGAAUAUGAUCUCUUUAAAACCUGAACAAAAAUGUGAACAACAAUUUGCUGCAUUAAAUAAAAAUAUGAAGGCACUGAGAUCUUGUGUUUGGCAUCACAAAUUAUUAAAAGCCUAUUUGACGUCACGACCAGUCAAACUACGUAUCUCUGAGCAUCUCAAGACACAGAUGGAAAAAGUCAAAAGUCACUAUGAUGCAAAGAAGGAGCAGCUUGACUCUGUGCAAGAAGAGCUAAAUGCUUUGAAGAAGGAUAGCACUGCACUGAAAUCUGACAGGGACAAACUUGACAAACAGUUACAGCAUAUGAUAUUACAAGCAAAAGAAGUAGAAGCUACCAACAAAAACCUGUCCGCAAAGGUCCGCACACUGGAAGUGCAGUUGGAACACGCAGAACGCCAGCUUCAUGAGCUUGGUAAGCCAGAAAUUGCUACUGAUGCCUUGAAGAGUCGAGCAACGCGUCGUGGCUCUCGAGCUGCAGAAGGUCGAGCAGACAUCAGUACAGACAGUUUAGAGUUGAGUGAUAUUGAUGAACCUCAGCUGAAUUCCACAAGGAAGAAGAACCAAGGGAUCAGCAAGAGUAUGGAGUCAAUAACUUCUCAGCAGCUGCCCAGCAAGGUGGAGUCUCUGGAAUCGCUUUACUUCACCCCUACCCCUAGUCGUGUUCAUUCCAGACUGGAUGACAGUAUUAGCUCCUCCAUGGGAGAUUUAUCUGUGGAUUCAAGCAGAACAACGCGUUCUACUCGCAGCCGUACUACACAAGUUAUUAACAUUACUAUGACAAAGAAAGAACCAGUGGAUACUGAGCCAGACAGUGCCAACUCUUCCUUCCUCAGCACACAGUCUGGUCAUGUGCCCAAGAAUGUUAAGGGGACUCGUUUGAGGUCUGCGGCAUCAGCCUCAUCUAUUGCUAGUUGUACCUCCCAGGAGUCUCUGUCAGAAACACAACGAUCUAUCUCUGAAGACCAUUCUGCAUUGCUGAGUUUGCCUGGAUAUCACCCACCUACUCGCAGCUCAGCUAGACUUUCCCAUACAGGAAGGACAUCUACCAGCUCUACCACUAGCAAUCGGAAGUCACUUAGUGUAGGAACUUGCCAAGAUGAGCCAGAUCAGCUCGACGAAUGGAACAGGCUUGCAGAGCUUCAGCGCAGGAACAAGAUCUGCCCCCCUCAUCUGAAAACUUCUUAUCCACUGGAAUCUAAGCCUCCACUGGGUAUUGCAACUGUAACAGAUGAGGAAGUCAAAACAGGAGAUCCAAAUGAAACUCUGCGCCGUGCAUCUUUGUUGCCAUCUCAGGUCAAAGAAACCAGUGCUGCCAGCCAAAGUAUAACUACUCGGCGGCAAAGGAAACGGCAGUCUGAAGAGUCUCACCACGGUCCAGAUACACCAGAGUCAAAAAGGUCUGCCAGUUGUUUUCCACGUCCAUUGACACCCAAAGACAAGAAAGAAGGGCGAAAGCUCACAUUUGAUGUGAACUUAAGGAGUGACAGCCAGUCAGCCACACAGCCUGAAAGACGACAGUCAAUGGCCUUCAGCAUUCUGAACACACCACAGAGCAUAAGGAAGAGCCUCCUGAGUCGAGGGAAGAAAAAGGAAACACCCAAACAGUCACCCCGUGCCACCAGUUCACCUCGUGUCAUAAGCACAAAAUCACCACACAGUGCCAGUAUCAGAUCACCCCGUGGCACGUCCCGCACCACUAACACGUCUUCUGCUAGUAUCAAGAAGUCCCCCAGACUGUCGGCAAGUUUGAGAAAAGUGAAAGAGCACAGGCUGUUAAGAAGGAAGACCUAAGAGAACAAAGUGAAAAGGAACCACCAAUCCUCUGUGAAACAUUUUAGAUAAAGAAGAUAAUAAGUGCUAUCAGUUCCAUAAAGACAGUCCAGCCUUUCAUUUGAUCACACCUAGUUGGACAGAGGAGCAGCUUGUAACAUUUGUAUAUAUAAAAACCGUCCAGUUUAGGGAGCGGGUUUGGCCUUCUGUGACUAGACAUGGAAUCAGAUUCUCCACUCUGCUCAAAUCUUCAAGAUUCUGGCACAUUUCCUGUGUUCCAGCAUUAAACAAGCACAGUCAAAUCAGGACUGCCCAGCUGCACUCCUAUCACCAGCUUUUAAGAGACAGUAGUUUUCCACAUUUUUUUAAUGGAAAUUGCUAAAUUUGAGAUUUUAAUAUUGAUGUGAUUUAUUUUUAAAUGAAUAAAACAUGUUGAAUGGGGAA